AUGAGGACAACGAUAAUGAAGACGACACUGAUAAAAGAGGACGACGAGGAGGGAAUAGACGAAAACGAAGAUCAAGAGAACGAUGCAGAAGCUGUGCUUGAGAGACGCGGGAGUGAGCGAGAAAGCUAUAACAACAUGCACACAAGAGAGAUCCCAACAACAAGUCGACAAAGGAAUAGAGAACGAAGCAACGAGCAACGGCAGAACUACGAUGAGCAGGCCGCACCCCGUUUUGCCAUAAGUUUUCGCGAUAUAGAAGAGUCUAUCCGAGUGUUCGAUGGCUCUGAUGAUAUGGCUGUCGAAGAAUGGAUACAAGAUUUCGAGGAACAGGCAGAGUUUAUGCGUUGGACAGAUUUGCAAAAACUUAUUUUCGCAAAGAAGUCGCUAAAGGGCAUUGCCCGACUAUUUGUUUUGAGUGAAAAACAUUUGAACUCAUGGACAACGUUGAAGAACGCGCUAUUGAACGAAUUCAAGUCGAAAAUCAGUAGCAAACAAAUACACAUGCAGCUCAACGAGAGUAAACGACGACCCAAAGAGAGUGUUUUGGAAUUUUUUUAUCGCAUGAGAGAUAUUGCUUCGAGAGGCAAUGUGGAAGACGACGCACUUAUGCAAUACGUGAUUGACGGUGUUGACGAGAUGGCAUUAAAUAAAACAAUUUUAUAUGGUGCAAAAAUGAUGAGUGACUUUAAAAACAAAUUAAAUGAUUAUGAGAAAAUUACCGAGAAAAUGAAAAAGAGUGAUAAAAUUGGAAGAGAUAAAAAGUUGCAGUUUGGACAAAAUAAUACACAGGUUGGCAAAAAAGACGUAGUUUGUUUUAACUGUGGAGAGAAGGGACAUUUGUCUAACAGUUGCGCCAACAAAGAAAAAGGAAGAAAGUGCUUCAAAUGUAAUCAGUUUGGGCACAUAUCUAAAAAUUGCAAGGAAAAUAGUGAGAAACAAAACGAUGAAAAACAAAACAUGCGCGUAGUUUCAAAUAAAACUGAAUUAACGUCUAAAGAAGUUUCGAUUAAAAAUGCAAAGUGUAUGGCAUUAUUUGACACUGGCAGUAAAUUUAACAUUAUACGUGAAGAUUUAUACGACGAACUGCGUAUGCCAAAAUUAAAAGACUGCAGAGUGUGUUUGGUCGGUUUCGGAAGUGAGAGCAAAGCUGACAAUAUCAAGCCGAUUGGUCAGGUGAACCAUAGCAUACAUAUUGACAAUGAAGAAUAUGUGUUAAACUUUUAUGUUGUUGCUGCAAGGUUCAUGGACAUAAAACUGAUAAUAGGGGAAGAGCUUUGUUUGCACGCAGAAAUAUCGUUUAAUCGCAAUGGAGUGAAAGUGAGUAAAAUGCCAAAUGAAAAUAAAGAAGAUCCUUAUGAUGAAUCGUGCAUAAUGAGAAUCGACGUAGCGGUAGACAAUUCUCAGCUGAACAUAAGCAACGCGGUAAACGAGUUUACACAAAGCAAAGUACGCGAAAUUAUAUCGACGUAUAAACCGGAAAAAUCAAAAACAACGAAUAUUGAAAUGAAAAUAAUUCUAAAAGACGAAACGCCAAUAUUUUCGCGGCCACGACGAUUUGCGAUAAAUGAAACACGCAUCAUAGAAGACCAGAUCGACGAGUGGCUGCAGAAAAAGAUGACCAGCUAGAUCGUUUGCAAGACGCUGUAAUAUUCAGUACAAUUGACUUGAAGAAUGGGUUCUUCCAUGUUCCUGUAGCCGAAGAGAGUAGGAAGUACACCUCAUUUGUGACGCAAAGCGGCCAGUACCAGUUCCGCAAGGUGCCGUUUGGUAUGUCGA